UGUAACAAUGAGACUGCAUUCUGCGGUUUUCGGUCAAAAAUGUUCUCAAACGGAAGGAACUCUGAGAUAAUAUAUUCGUUUUUUUAAAGUUAAUUUUAGUGAAUAUUCUAUACUGUAUAUAUUUGGGAAGUCUUACCGUGAGUUGUCUGUUUUUUCCAGCACCUGCCACCAUGUCUGCGAGCGAGACUGAAGCAAACCUUUCUAAAGAGAAUCGCCCAGAAGCUGUGGUUUUGGCGCUUACCUGCCCCAUCUGCUUGCAGCUCUUCUCUGAGCCAGUUUCUCUUCCCUGUGAUCAUAUCUACUGCUUGGCCUGCCUUCAGACCAUGGGAGAAGGCCUUGACCAACACAGCUGCCCUGAAUGCCUGGCAGCAUACCAGGGAACCACAGACCUUGUGAAAAGCCUCAAAAUGUGCAGCAUGGUAGAGACCUACAAAGCCACUGCUGGGAAAACCAGCUCCACUGCAAACGCUCCUGACGUCGGUCGCGUUGCAGCGAAGAGUCUUGAUAGCUCAGUUACAGACGAGUCAAACACAAAAUACCACCAGGACUUAGCAACAGCUGGGGGGAGUCAGGAGGAGUGUGCGGAAUGCAGGGAGGCAAAGGAUGGCUUACAAAUUGGGUCUGGAUCCAGAGAGCACCCCUUUUCUCUGGAUCAAGAACAGAGCAAUGGCAGAGUCGAAAUGGAUGAACCUAAAUUCAAACUGGCAUCUCAAGUCACAGAGUUGAACCUCAAGUUAGAGAUGGCAGAAGGUGUUCUGAGGAAAGCGAAGGAACAGGAGCUGGAGAUGACCACUGCCAAUGCUCAGCUGAGGGAGAAAGCAUCCAAACUGUUAGGGCAGAUAGAAGAUUUGUCACACCGCUAUAGUGUGAACGUGACGCAGAUGAUUGAAGAAGAGUUGGGUCCGGGUGAGGCCACUAUAGUCAGUCGAGUCAGUGAAGCCAACGAGCUGACGAAGCAGCUGAGGCAGGCUAUGCUCAGAGCUGAGUAUCUGUUGACUGAAGAAGAUGAGGCUGCAUUUAGUGAGGAGCUCCAGAGCCUACAACCGCAUAUUGUGGAGUUGAUGGCAAAACCAGUGGGAGAGGAGGAAGACCAUGUUGAACCAAAAUUCAGCCCUGCACGAGCCUGUCCCAAGCUGGAAAACAUGAACGGUGAGCUGAGGGAAAGACUUGGAGAGAUUCAGCGCUCCCUUCGGAACACCCUCAACCCAUCAGAGGUGACGUUUGACCAGGAAACAAUCCAUCCCAACCUGAUUCUCUCAGAGGACAAGAAGACAGUGACUUUCAGCGCUACAAAACAGCCAUACCCAUCCUCUUCUCAGAGGUUCACGAGCUUCUUCCAGGUCCUCAGCACCCAGAGCUUCUCUGAAGGUGAUCAUAGCUGGGAGGUGGAGCUUGAAGGCUCUCCGUGGAUCAUUGGUGUGUGCUACAGUGGGAAGUUAGCACGUAGCGGGCUUCCCUCCGCUCUGGAAAGCAGCCGGAGCUCCUGGUGUCUGAUGUGGUUCAACAACCUGCUGACAGCCUUUGAGCGGGGUCACGAAGUGCCGCUGAAGCGGACCACAGUGUCACGCAGGCUGGAGAUCAAACUGAGCUUCAAGACCCAUCGGCUGAGCUUCUACAACGUCAGCUCCUUCAGCGGGAAGACACAUGUGUACACAUUUAAGGCUAACCUGACUGAACCAGUGCACCUGGCCUACAGGAUGAUGUCAGGGCACCCAAAAGCACGUGUCACUAUUUAUUCAUAAUCGUAACUACAUUUCUAUUACCUGUAUUGACUUCUUAGGAAAUGUGCUGCAUAGUAGAACAAUGUAAUGAUAUUUAAAACAAUAAUGUUUAGACCUGAUUUGUGUGAUGAAAGAAUUUGAAGUC